UGGCGAUGGAAAAAGAGAAGUAUGUUGAUGAACUGACAAAAGCACUGGUGUCAGGAGCAGGACCAACUGACACAUACAAGUUUAAUUUUUCGAAAGAGUCUUGUCAUUUCUCCUUUGAGAAAAACUUGAGAGAUGUUUCAUACAAACCUCUGGGACCCUUCCUGCCCCAUCACCAGGACACUUCAGUUGGCAGUAGAUUGUUCUGGAUGAAAGCAUACUCUAGUACAAGCAUUUAGAACUCAUUAUCUCUUCACUAUACGUACUGUCGCCUACUCAAGAGAUUAUCAUGUACUUUGUGUCACUGUUUUCCCUCUGCCUUUUGCAGUUCAUAUGGAUUUUGCAGUAUAUACUUUGUCAUGCAAAUAAUACAUCUUAAUUAAAAAUGUCUUCCUCUUCUUCUUUCAUAAUUUGCUCUGUUACUUCAGAAAACAUUUUCAUUCAUGAGCCAUGUAAAAAAGACCUAAUUUUUUUUGAUAAGAGUAACCCUGGGCGGAGACAAAAGACCUGUAUGCAGAAAACUAAGACACUGAUGAAAGAAAUUAAAAAUGAUACCAACAGAUGGAGAGAUAUACCAUGUUCUUGGAUUGGAAGAGUCAAUAUUGUGAAAAUGACUAUACUACCCAAAGCAAUCUACAGAUUCAAUGCAAUCCAUAUCAAAUUACCAAUGGCAUUUUUUACGGAACUAGAACAAAAAAAUCCUAGAUUUGUAUGGAGACACAAAAGACCCCGAAUAGCCAAAGCAGUCUUGCGGGAAAAACACGGAGCUGGAGGAAUCAGACUCCCUGACUUCAGACCAUACUACAAAGCUACAGUAAUCAAGAAAAUAUGGUACUGGCACGAAAACAGAAACAUAGAUCAAUGGAACAAGAUAGAAAGUCCAGAGAUAAACCCACGCACCUAUGGUCAACUAAUCUAUGACAAAGGAGGCAAGGAUAUACAAUGGAAAAAAGACAGUCUCUUCAAUAAGUGGUGCUGGGAAAACUGGACAGCUACAUGUAAAAGAAUGAAAUUAGAACACUCCCUAACACCAUACACAAAAGUAAACUCAAAAUGGAUUAGAGACCUAAAUGUAAGACCAGACACUAUAAAACUCUUAGAGGAAAACAUAGGAAGAACACUCUUUGACACAGAUCACAGCAAAAUCUUUUUUGAUCCACCUCCUAGAGUAAUGGAAAUAAAAACAAAAAUAAACAACUGGGACCUAAUGAAACUUAAAAGCUUUUGCACAGCAAAGGAAACCAUAAACAAGAUGAAAAGACAACCCUCAGAAUGGGAGAAAAUAUUUGCAAACGAAUCAAUGGACAAAGGAUUCAUCUCCAAAAUAUAUAAACAACUCAUGUAGCUCAAUAUUAAAGAAACAAACAACCCAAUCCAAAAAUGGGUAGAAGACCUAAAUAGACAUUUCUCCAAAGAAGACAUACAGAUGGCCAAGAAGCACAUGAAAAGCUGUUCAACAUCACUAAUUAUUAGAGAAAUGCAUAUCAAAACUACAAUGAGGUAUCACCUCACACCAGUUAGAAUGGGCAUCAUCAGAAAAUCUACAAACAACAAAUGCUGGAGAGGGUGUGGAGAAAAGGGAACCCUCUUGCAUUGUUGGUGGGAAUGUAAACUGAUACAGCCAGUAUGGAGAACAGUAUGGAGGUUCCUUAAAAAACUAAAAAUAGAAUUACCACAUGACCCAGAAAUCCCGCUACUGGGCAUAUACCCAGAGAAAACCAUAAUUCAAAAAGACACAUGCACCCCAAUGUUCAUUGCAGCACUAUUUACAAUAGCCAGGUCAUGGAAGCAACCUAAAUGCCCAUCGACAGACAAAUGGAUAAAGAAGUUGUGAUACAUAUAUACAAUGGAAUAUUACUCAGCCAUAAAAAGGAAAGAAAUUGAGUCAUUUGUUGAGACGUGGAUGUAUCUAGAGACUGUCAUACAGAGUGAAGUAAGUCAGUGAGAGAAAAACAAAUAUCAUAUGUUAACGCAUGUAUGUGGAACCUAGAAAAAUGGUACAGAUGAACUGGUUUGCAGGGCAGAAGUUGAGACACACAUGUAGAGAACAAACGUAUGGACACCAAGGGGGGAAAGCCGCGGGGGUGGUGGUCGUGGUGGUGUGCUGAAUUGGGCGAUUGGGAUUGACAUGUAUACAGUGAUGUGUAUAAAAUUGAUGAUUAAUAAGAACCUGCUGUAUGAAAAAUAAAAU